AUGAACUUCAUUUUGGUUGUUUACUUCAAGAAGGAGCGCUCAUGGGGCAUGGUUCUGGCACGCAUGAUGGAUACCUACCUUACCUACCUACCUACCUACCUACUUACCUACCAUCUUCCGACGCCAACCACCCACUUCACUGCUGAGGCAUGA